AUGGCUCCCGUCCCGGAGGCCUAUUUUCCGUCCCUGGACAAGUGCUUCGCCGGGGACGCUCAACUUUUGUCCUGGAGAAGAGCUUUCCUCUAUACCAAUGACCCCGAAGGCCAUGCCGACGAUGGCGGCCAUAUCGAGGCUUUUCUUUCACAUCCUGAAAGUAUCCAAUUACUGUCGCAGAGCCUGAACUCCUUCGCUCGCCCUUCCGCCAAGUCAAAAUCGGAAUUCGAAUCAAAGACUGCUGCAAUUCAUGUGGAAACCAAUUCUAAGAGCUCCUUCGAUCUGAAUGAGAUCAAAGCGGACGCGCAAUGGCUCAGCCAAAAGGCGCAACUUGACGAGAUCACUGCUCUGCGAAUUACUGUGCUUGAAUGGCAAAAUCGGCCCGCAACACGCCUUACCGCGAAUUUCUCCAGUGAAGAAGUGACCAGUGUACAGAGUGCAGCAGGGGCCGACAAGCUUAGCGCCUCUGUAGCUGGUCCAAACCUGGCAAACAUCCUCAGACAGGUGGCAGGUGACAACAAUAGCGCGUCAUUCGAUUCAGAGGUAAACCGACGCUUGCGAUUGCGCUACACCUACCUCUCAGAACGAAGCCACGUCGUCAAAACGUACCGCAAGCUACUCGCUAUGUCCUUGCACAACGCCCCCAGCAAGACCAUUGCCACCCCUUCCACUGAGAGAAAGCUUGCUUUGUGCAAAUUGGGAGCCUCUCUCUUCAAAGAAAAAUCCACAGGGAGUUCCUUAAGUAAAUUCCUAGAAGAAUGCAUGGCCGCCAUCCGCAGUCGCCUGACUGAUUUGUCGGGGAGUGGCGGUUGGUUGAACACAGAUGAGAGCAGUGAAGAGGCAGAGAUUCUCUGGAGGAGCUUAAUGGCGGAGGAAAUUGGCCACAUCCUUCAAAUUAUGUUCCAUCAGCUUCAUGCAUCUGCUGAAGUUCCGUCUGGCGAUCUCCUUCUGUCCUGGCUCAAAUUGAUGGCCGAGUAUCAAUUCCUCGAAGGCUUGGGUGUGCCCUGUCAAGAUCCUGUGGAAGUCAUGUUUCCAAUUCAAGCUUUCGUCUCUCUGACGACCUUGGCGUUCUUAAAACUUCCUCUUGCUUUUUCCUCGAUCACCAACAGAGCGCAGCCUCAGACAUUCCCGUCGGGACAAACUGCUUAUUUCCUUUCCAAAGAAAAGGUUUCUGAGAUCAACGAAAUUUUCCUGCUUGCCUGCCACAAUGAUCUGGCCACGGUGAGACCUGCGGCAUUCUCAUGGGGCAUAAUCUUACAUGCCAUUCAGGAAUUGGCUUUGAGCGACAAAGAAACCCGGGAGAUGGAACAACUUCAUAAUGCCGUGGACUCGUUUCAAUCAAAUAACCAAAAUAGACGCUUCUCUCGGGGAUCAGAGCCAUCCCUUUAUGAAGAACUCCUUGACUGCGCUCGGACACCACAACACUCUGUGGAUGACACAAUUUCGAUCUUGACAUCUCACGAUGUCAAAGAUUUGGCUUUGACAACAAUGAUCACUUUGUCUCAGAAAGUCGGGUCGCUUUCGGCCAUCGACGAUAUUCUGACAUAUCAGUGGGUGCGUCUGGCAUUACUAGAUCUCCUCAAAGUCGCUGUGGUCUUUUGGGACUAUUCUCCAGAGCUUGUAGAGUCGGUGCUGGCAAUUCUUACCAACACUUCCUCUGGCACUUGGCUGAAAUCAGCAGACUCGCUCGGGGUUGCAAAUGAUCCUAAGUCCGUCUUCAUCCAAGACAGUGCCUUGAUGGAUAAUGUUUUCCGUCUCGCGCGGUCUAGAUUCCCCUAUGAGAUCAUUCCGUUUCUGAAGCUCUGUCGCGCUCUGGUGGGUGAGCAUGCGGUAAACGAAGACGGUUUGCCUUUAAUUUUUGAGGAACUGGAUGGUAUGGAUACCUUCACUCAGAUGGUUCCUCAAGAGUUCCAGGGAUACGAGACUAUCAGAGAAGAUGAAAACGCCAACUUCGUGUCGCUUAAUUGUGCUUUACCCAUGUUCGAAACUCCCACGCGCAACCGCCUUCCAGGGAUCGAAGCAAGCAGUGCCUUGAUUGUGAGAGGAUCAUCUGAAAUUCCAACAGCCACAGUCGGUCAAGUGAUUUCCGAAAACAAGCCAGCGGUCAUCAUGUGGCAACACCAGUACUCGUGCUUGAGCUUUUUGGGAAGCUGGCUCGAAGAAUGGAGUGAGAGUGGUGGAUAUUCCGGGGAUAUCGAAUCCAGCACAGAGAUCAUUAGUCUGCUGGCAGAUCUUGUGGCUAGUGCCAAAGACCUUCGCCCAAAUAACGCUCCGGGUACCAACGCCAAAAGAAUCCUCGAGAUGGCCAGUGAUGGACUCUCUCGACAGGGUGAUAUCAUCACUGUUAUUUUUGACAUAUUCGAGCGAAACCUGCAGAGCGCUGGGUCACAAAGUGCUGCAAAUUCAUUGGAAUUGAUUAUGGCUUGUCUACAAUUUAUUCAACAAAUUGUCAAGGUCCUUCCGUGCCGUGUAUGGCCGUUCUUCAGCCGCAGCAGCCUUGUUGGGUCUGAUGGCAAGGGGGGAAUGAUUACAGCGAUCAUUUCAGCAACCGAAAUCCCUUCCGGUGAAUACCCAUUCCUCCUUAGCUGUGUGGACCUUUUCAAGGCCACAGUCGAAGAUGCCGGGUCUCGGGCAGUCUUAAGAAAAAGCCCCGGUAGCGUCUUGGGCAAAUCAACAAUUGCUACCGACUGGAGUGCCAGUAUCCCCUCCCAUGUGAUGAGAACCAUUCUGCUGAAUUUCACUCGUACAAUGGUGGAUAUUUUCAAUGGCAACGGAAACUGGCGAUUCAAUUUCUCAGAACAGCGACUCCAGGUGAACGCAGCGUUGGCUGCUACUUUUGAUCGAAUCCUGUAUUACGCCUAUGGGAUCAAUGACAAUGCCAAGCUGGACUCCAAAAUCACUGGUGUCUUUUCGUCCUCUGCGACCUACAUACUGGAUAUGUUGCGACCUCGGUCCACCGCUGACCUGCCUUUCAACCCACUCCUUCGUUUAGUCUCAGAGGGCCUCCAAACACCAUCUACCCUUCAUUUCCGCCAUCUCGCAAUGGUUGAAAGUCAGGUUACCUCUAUUCUGGGCCUGUGUGUGAAGCUCGUACAGGCAUCUCGACUGGCAGAACUGCCUGGAUCGCUUUUGGAAGAGCAGCUUUUCAAGGCUUCGCCUGUUCUGGUGAAGCUUUACGCGUCCCAUGACACAUACAGGCUACCGGUUGUGAAGCUUCUUGAUAUUCUCAUAUCGAGUGCCGCCUCGAACUCCGAGAGUGAACCUCCAUCUCUUGUUGGUCAUUUGGGAGCGGAAUCAUCGUGCUUGUUCCUUGAUGUGCUCUCACAGCUCGACAAACCGCUGGGUGACAAGACUCUGUUGCUGUCAGUUUGGCGAUUGCUGUCAACUUUCGUCAGCAAGCGUCAGCAGUGGCUAGCUGUUUUUAUUCUUACUGGCGCGUCUCCCCGGCAAACGCUGAAAAAGUCCGAUAAGGCUGGAGAUCCCAGUAUGAGGGGCGUACCGUUCCUGCAGAUGGCCCUCGAUAAGCUUGCCCAGAUUGAUCAGGAGGAGCCUGAGGUGGCUUUGGAAUUGCUCGAAUUUGUCUCUCGUGCUCAGGAACACUGGCCAUGGGCCACCCCACAGUUAAAAACCCAUUCCCAAUUCCUCACAAGCAUCGUGAACCACGUCUCGAAACUGAAGAUCUCAUCUUUGCCAGUGAAGGAUCAAAUCUUCGUAACGCGAAUUGCGGCUGUUGUCGCCGACAUUUGCGCUGUGUACUUGCACUCGGCGAAGGAAUCAAACGACCGGACCUUUGUCAAAACCCUCAUUCCGCUGGUGCAGUGGUAUGCUAAAGAUGCGGUGGAUGUCGCGGCCUACAAUGCUUCCUUGCAUGCGAACUUGAAGAAGAACUUUGAGGCUCGGUACCAGGGCUGUAAAAUCAUUGAUUUCAAGCGAACACCGUUGGAGGCUCGUACACUGGGUCGUGAUUAUUAUUACGAUCUGGAUAUGGGGCAAAAGUUAUUGUCCUACGACUUUGCUUGGGCUGGAACACGGGGUCAAGGGUUCUCGGAGGAAUUUGAGCGAGCUAAUAUUAACUUGUCGCUUGUUGAAGCGCAAGUCAGCCUCCUCAACAGCUGGAAGUUCUUUGCCAUUGAACAUUGCGCGGACUUCCUUCCGGACCGUGAAAUCCAGAAGUCAAUGGCCUUAGUAGCACAACAUUGUCUUGAAGCAAACAGUCGUGGCGUCCCGCCAGAGUCCAUCUUUGAUCGGAUACAACAAACACGCGUCGACUUUGCUCAGGCUCUCCUCCAGCGAUUGGUGCAAGUGGAAGCCCGAGGAUCUGAGGUAUUCGCCAUGCUUGAGGUGACUUGGAAGGCUUUGCUUGCUAGGCACUCAACCUAUGAAGAAGCCCUGAUCAACGACGAUACCGAGUACUACCGCUGCCUUCUCAAUGUGCUAUUCCUGGCCCUUCAGUUCCAUUUGAAGAGUCCCUCUCGCACUGCUCCUGCGGCACAGAGCAAGGUCGCCGUCUCUUCGGACCUUACCGUUGUCGUUGAAAUUGUGAAGACCAUCGUCGCUCAAGGCUUCAGGUCACUCACGACUUAUCUACACGAAGAACCCGAAAAGUGUACGCCCAAGGAUUUCGCCAUUCUGAUUGCCAUUCUGCAAAGUGCUCUGAGCGUCAAGGAUGCCGAUCGACUCUUCGAGCAUAUUACAUACCACAUUGAGGACAAUGAUACCGCUCGACAUGCGACUACGCUGUUCUCUUGGGCUGACCAGCUCACUGUGGCUGGAGACCCAGUCUACGGCGAGUUGAGUUUGUCCAUGCUUGUCAAAAUGUCGACCAUCCCCAUGCUGGCCGAGCACAUUGCUGUGGAGGCCGUCCUAAUGAAAUUGUCGACUUGUCGUCUAACAAACAUUCUCCGCCAACCUAAGGGAUUCGGACCCUUCGACCCCGUACCCCGCAUGUACACAAUCUGGACCACCGGCUUCCUCCCCCUGUGUCUGAAUCUCCUCUUUAAUGUUGUUCGUGCGGCACCUGAAGUAGCCGCAUUCCUCAAUCAGUUCGAAGGACAGCUCGCCCGUGCAGCCGAAGUCUUCUCAGCUCCCCACGUCGGCACCACCUCAAAACCCUCAUCAGAAUGGAUCACUCUAAGCAUGGCAUCCGAGGCAUCCUCGCUAUCCCUCAUCUCCUUCAUCCUCGCCCAGUUCCGCGAGGCAGGCCCCAGCGCCGGCUUAGACCCCCAGUCAAUCCAGGCGCUGAAUUGGGACCACGCCCAGGUCAAAGAGGACAUCGAGUCCCUGCUUAGCCGUCGACAGUCCCUGCGAUCCCGUAUUGUCGCUACGAAUGAGAAGGAGGCGGAGUGGUCGCGGCAGAAGCCUGUUUCUGCGGAUUCGGGCUGUACAACCCGGUUGGAGGAGAAGGUUUUGGCCGAGUUGAAUGCGGCGUUGACUUGUCUGGCGGAUGAGGAGGAUUCAUGA